CACACCUGUCUAGUUCAACCACUGCGCGUGUCUGUGCGUCUGCGCCGAGAGAAGGAGGAGGGUCUUCCACUUUUUAUUUAUUUCUUUGUUACCAGCGGAAAAAAAUAACUGCAGCUGUAUAUUCUAACGAGGGACCGCCAAUGUUUCCCGUCCGAAUAAGACAGAAUCCUGGACCAUACUGUUGAAGGUAUUAAAAAGCCCGAUUUAAGGGGGCGAGGAUGAAGCGGCGCAAUGCGGACUGCAGCAAGCUCCGACGGCCCUUAAAACGGAACCGAAUCACUGAGGGGAUCUACGGCAGUACGUUCCUGUAUCUGAAGUUUCUGGUGGUCUGGGCGCUGGUACUGCUUGCAGACUUUGUUCUGGAGUUUCGCUUUGAGUACCUCUGGCCGUUCUGGCUCUUCAUACGCAGCGUUUAUGACUCGUUCAGAUAUCAGGGCCUGGCUUUCUCAGUGUUCUUUGUGUGUGUGGCGUUCACAUCAGAUAUUAUAUGUCUGCUCUUCAUCCCCGUGCAGUGGCUGUUCUUUGCGGCCAGCACAUACGUGUGGGUGCAGUAUGUGUGGCACACAGAAAGAGGGGUCUGCCUCCCCACUGUGUCGCUGUGGAUUCUAUUUGUUUAUAUUGAGGCAGCUAUUAGAUUUAAAGAUUUAAAACACUUCCACGUGGACCUGUGUCGUCCGUUUGCAGCCCACUGUAUUGGCUACCCCGUAGUGACGCUGGGCUUCGGUUUUAAGAGUUAUGUCAGUUAUAAGAUGCGUUUGCGGAAACAGAAGGAAGUGCAGAAAGAAAACGAGUUUUACAUGCAGCUGCUGCAGCAGGCGCUACCUCCAGAACAACAGCUCAUACAGAGACAGGAGAGAGAGGCAGAGGAAGCAGCGUCUAAAGGCCUGAAUGACACGGAGUCGCCAGCAGUGGCACAGAACGGCUCGGCAGGCGGGAAAAAAUCCCCAUCCAACACUUUACCAGAGCUGGAAUACAGAGGGGAAGGACGAGGCAAGAACGAGUCCAAAAAACAACACAAUCACAAUCAGAACCAUCACAGCAGCACCAGCAGCAGCAUCUUGCCGUCGGUGGACAGUAAAGCUCAGGAGAUGGAGUACAUGGAGAACCACAUCAACAGUAAGAGACUGAGCAGCUCAGAUCUGCUGGGCAGCACUGAGAACCUGCUGAAGGAGGAGCACUCGUCGUCUUCCUCUUCUUCCUCAUCCUCCAACUCCAACAAAAAUUACAAAAAUGCCAGCGGAGGAAGCUCCUCGCCACGAGGGCACGCAACGGCAAACGGAAGCGUGCCGUCCUCCUCCGGGCCCUCGUCGUCAUCCUCGAGUAAGGGGGACAAGAAACAGAAGUGUGGAGGAGGGAAGAAUUCUGCAUCUCACAGAGACCCCGUGGAGAACUGCAUUCCCAACAAUCAGCUGAGCAAACCCGAAGCGCUCAUCAGGCUGGAGCAGGACGUUAAGAAGCUGAAAGCAGACCUGCAGGCAAGCAGACAGACAGAACAGGAACUGCGCAGCCAGCUGGGCUCUCUGGGCAGCUCUGAACGCAGCAUACGCUCUGAGCUCGGACAGCUGCGACAGGAGAAUGAGCUGCUUCAGAAUAAGCUUCAUAACGCCGUGCAGGCGAAGCAGAAGGAUAAGCAGACGGUGGGGCAGUUGGAAAAGCGCCUGAAGGCCGAACAGGAGGCUCGGGCGGCAGCAGAGAAACUGUUAGCAGAGGAGAAGAAACGCAAGAAGCUCGAGGAGGCCACAGCGGCCCGUGCAGUCGCCCUCGCUGCUGCAACUAGAGGUGAGUGCACUGAGUCUCUGAGGAGGAGGAUUUCCGAGCUGGAAACAGAGUGUAAGAAGCUCACGCUGGACAUCAAGGUGAAAGAGGAUCAAAUCAGAGAGCUGGAGCUCAAAGUUCAAGAACUGCACAAAUAUAAGGAAAAUGAGAAGGACACAGAGGUUCUGAUGUCAGCGCUGUCUGCGAUGCAGGAUAAAACCCAGCACCUGGAAAACAGCCUCAGCGCUGAGACCCGGAUCAAGCUGGACCUGUUCUCUGCACUCGGAGAUGCUAAGAGACAGCUGGAGAUCGCACAAGGUCAGAUCCUACAGAAAGAUCAGGAGAUUAAAGAUCUAAAGCAGAAGAUAGCGGAGGUGAUGGCCGUCAUGCCCAGCGUGGUGUAUUCAGCAGACACGGGCAGCAUGACCCCAGUUACGCCCCAUUACUCAUCCAAGUUCAUGGACACCAGUCCAUCAGGACUGGACCCAAACGCGUCUGUUUACCAGCCCAUGAAAAAAUGAAUGCCUGUUUUCCACCACAACAGACCUCUGAUCUAUCUGUCAUACACGCAUACAGACAGACACACACAAACACGCACACACACACACAGUGUUCUCUGGUUGUUUUUUUCUCCAUAGGCCCAGAUUCAGAUCUUUGGCAUGUCUGUGGCUCAGAUUCUUUUUUUCGUCUUCUAUUACUACAGCUUCUUGCCUGGGCAGAAGGAUGUUGUAUUGUGUGACUGUAUUUGUUGUAGUAAAAAAACAAAAGACAAAAAAAGAAGGCUUUUAAGGGACAUCACACGUCGAGUAGGAAACUGCUGUUUCUUUUCUCUUGUAAAUGUCUAGAAACCUCACAGAAGUUGGUGAGAACCCUUCCCUCACUCAGUCAGAGACCACUUCCAUUUUUGUUCUCCUUUGGAUUUCGGCCUUUUGCUUUUCCGUGGGGAUGGAAAGCAGGACGAGUGUAAGAUUUGUUGUCCCGGGUGCUCUACCCCAUAUCGGAGAUGUUGUACCGCAAGAAGAUUUUUCCUCAAGAAUGUCACCAUCUAAGAUGACAAGAAUGUAAUGUUGGACCCUACUUAAAAACAAAACUCGGCAUUAUUCAACCAAAUUGCGUGCAAAUUAUUUUUGAUGAGUAUCUCAGGAUGGGACAAGCUUUGCUAUCAAGCGAUCAAGCCAAGCCGCGUCGUAACCGACCACACGUUGCAAACUUGCAGACGCCCCCCUAAGAAGUCCCACAGCGUUAUUUACCAAUAACAGAUAAUCAGUGCCUUCAUAUGGGACCUCAUUGGUGUAACUGAAAGAUCUCUUCCCCUCCGCCAUGCCUCAACUGCAUCCCCUUUGGUCACCAUGGUAACAGCCAACCUUUUGCGGAAACAUCACCAGCCAUCGGUGUGAUGACUGUGCUCCCUCUUACAAACCGUGCUUUUUAUUUCGGUCAUUUGUUUACAUUUAUUUAUUUAUCCAGCGUUGCACUAUUGGGCUGUUGACUUAAAGCUCGCAAGGGAAUAUGUUAAGUAUGAAAACGCACGGCGCUCUUCUUCCCCUUCUUUUCUUAUGGUAUUGACCAUCUUUCAGUAUCAGAAAGCUACAGCAGUGUGUAGUCCAGUGCCAACGAUGUAGUACGGCUGUAGUUUUAUUGAAUGAGAAAAGUGUUUCAGACCCAUCAGGUUGGUCCAAUGAUUGAUGGAGGAGCGUAUUAUUAUGAUUAUGAUUAUUAUUAUUAUAUCGAUUUUGUCUCAUUGGCAGAUAAAUACUUUGUUGUGCCACUUGAUGGCACUAGUGUGUUCAGAAAGUAUUGCCACUUUACACAACCUAUUAGGCUGUAGUCUGUUUUCAAGGGAAUAUUAUGAUCAUUGUCUAAAUGGAUACAGAUUUAGACUUAGUAUCUAUGUCUGCUAAUCAUUAAGUAUUACUGAGCGAAUGGACAAUAUCUUGACCAAACUCACCAUUUGGCUAAACCUUCCUAUAGGCUACAAAUUUGUGUUCGAGGUAAAAAACAGGAUUUUGCCUUCUGCCAACCAGAGGAAGCACUUCUGAGCUCAGGCCAGUUUCUUAAAAUGGUCUCAAGCUGUUCAGCUGAGCACUUCUGAUGUGGAUAGUAUCAGUGGGGGGUUUCUGUGAUAGUAUUCCAUUUGAUUUAUGAUGGGUGGGAGGGAGGGAGUGGGGGGUAUGUGAUAUUGUAGUGCUCCGAGAUGGUCGUUGUUUUUGGUGUCUGUGUUUUUAAACUAUGAUGUGAUGGAGGACGUGGAAACGUUCGCGAUGUCCAUGUGGUUAAAACGAAAGAGGAAAAGAAAAGUUUACGUUUUUUUGCCCACUGUCAUUUCUCUCUCUUCUGUCUGUUUGUCAGCCAGACCUUUUGGUUGCGCUCUCGGUCUCUGUGAGGUUUCAAGUAAUAAAACGUUUUUUUC